AUGCCCGAAACCAUUUCCCUCGGAACAUACUUGUUUGAAAGACUCCGCCAGGAGCCCAUUGGCUUGAAGUCGAUCUUCGGUGUCCCCGGAGACUUCAAUUUGACUCUCCUUGAUAAGAUUGAUGAGGUUGACGGCUUGAAGUGGCGUGGUUGUGCCAAUGAGUUGAACGCUGCUUACGCCACUGACGGUUACUCUAGAGUCAAGGGUAACGCUAGCAGCACUGGUCUCGGAUUCGGAGCUUUAGUCACCACUUUCGGUGUGGGUGAAUUGUCAGCUCUCAAUGGUGUGGCAGGUUCUUACGCUGAACACGUGGGCACGAUCCACAUUGUCGGUAUUCCUUCGCUUGACUCCCAGAAGAAGCAAUUGUUGUUGCACCACACCUUGGGCAAUGGUGAUUUCGCUGUUUUCGGCAACAUGUCGAGAAACAUCUCUCAGACUGAAGGUGUUCUUGAUGACCCUGCUCACGCCCCUUACGUCAUUGACAGAGUUAUCAGAGAGGCCUAUAUUCACCAGAGACCCGGCUAUUUGGCUUUCCCAGCCAACAUGGUGGAUGUUGAAGUGCCCAAAGAGCGUUUGAACGAGCCAAUUGACUUGUCGAUUCCUAAGAACGAUCCUUCCGCCCAGGAGGAGGUUUUGGAGACCGUCUUGGACUUGAUCAGCAAGGCAAAGAACCCUGUGGUGCUCAUUGAUGCUUGUUGCGCCAGACACGAUGCCAGUAAGGAAGCUGCCGAGUUGAUUAAUGUCACGAACUUCAAGUACGCCACAACGCCUAUGGCUAAGGGCACGAAAAACAUUGAUGAGAGUGGAAAACGUUUCACUGGUGUCUACGUGGGAUCUUUGUCUUACGAUGAUGUGAAGGAAUCGGUCGAGGAGUCUGAUCUUGUUCUUUCUUUGGGAGCCUUGCUCAGUGACUUCAACACCGGUUCGUUCUCGUACUCGUUGAACAGAAACACCGUUGAGUUCCACUCGGACCACACCAAGAUCAGAAAUGCUUACUUCCCCAAGGUUGCCAUGAAGGAAGUUCUUCAAGAGCUCGUGAAGCUGCCUAAGUUGAAGGAGGCCACUGCGACCUACAAGCCAGUGGAUAUUGUCAAGAACCCAUUCGAGCACGAGGACCAGCCUGAAGGCUUGAUCACCCAGAGAUGGUUAUGGCACCGUUUGUCCAAGUUCUUGAAGCCAAGAGACAUUGUCAUCACCGAGACCGGUACCGCUUCGUUUGGUAUCAUCCAGACCAAGUAUCCAAAGGACGUUUUGGGUAUCUCGCAGAUUCUCUGGGGUUCUAUUGGUUACACUGUUGGUUCGACGUUUGGUGCUACUGCAGCUGCUGAGGAAACCGACCCAUCCAGAAGAGUCAUCCUCUUUGUUGGUGAUGGUUCCUUGCAGUUGACCGUUCAGGAAAUCUCCUCCAUGGUCAGAAACGGCUUGAAGCCUUACCUCUUUGUUUUGAACAACGACGGCUACACCAUCGAGAAGUACAUCCACGGUCCAGAAGCAGAGUACAACGACAUCCAGCCAUGGGACCACAAGCUGAUUUUGCCCACCUUCGGAGCCAAAAACUACGAGGCUGUUACUGUGGGCAAGGCCAACGAGCUUGACGACCUUUUCAAAAACGAGGAUUUUGCCAAGAACGACAAGAUCAGACUCAUUGAGGUUCUUCUUGACAGCAAGGAUGCUCCACAAAACCUUGUGAAGCAGGCCGAGCUUUCCAGCAAGGCCAACUCGGGCUGA